UGCUGGUCCCACCACAUGCUUCCCUGUGCUCCUGACACAGUGUACACCGCUCUGUCCUGGAUUCACUCCAUCAGGUGCGGCCCCGGCAGAGGUCUCCUGGCCGCCCUGAGUUUGGCCCUCUCUGACCCGACCUGUCACGCCGUCCACCUGCUCGCCACGGACCUCCCUGACCAGCUGGAGGCCGUGCUGAGCGCUCUGCCCGUCCUGGCAGCCAAGAGGCCUGUGAACACUUUCUAUCUGCAGGAGUCAUACGCUCAGCUGGACGGCGACACAAGACAUUACCUGCAGUGUUUGACUCAGGCCACAGGAGGAAGCUGUUAUGUGAUUAUAGACGGUUCCGAUGGGAAACUGGGGAAGGUGAUUCCUCUGUUUGUAGCUGAGAGCCAAUCGUCAGUGCCAUUCGUCUCUCCAGUCAGGUGUCGCUGUCCGUCCACUUCAGUGAUGAUCCCACAGCAGCAGCACAACAUGUCUUCUCUGCUCAGGUCCAGUCUGGAUUAUCCAGCCCGCCUGGUCCCCUCCUGUGUGCUGUCGGACCGAACCCUGGCCCGUUCAGAGUUCUUCCCUGGAUCCUGUGUGCUGGCCAGGAGAGAGGUGGAUGGCUUGUAUUAUCUGGGCACUGUCAUACAACAAGUUCAGGGCCGCACAGGAGUUUGGGUAGUCGAAUUUGACUGUCCAGGCACUGCUGGUUUGGGCGUGGUCUCCUCCCAGAGGCAGCUGGUUUGCUCCCUGGACAUGGUGAGCCACCACCUCGGGCAUCAUACGCGCUGUCUGGUUCCUGGAGACGCUGUCCUGUCGCCAUGGGGACCAAAUCUGAGACGCUACGGCCCGGGGAGAGUGAUGGCCGCCCCAGAGCGCAGAGCUAAUGGUGUUGUGAGUCUCCGGGUGCUGAUGUGGAACGGCUGUGUGUCUCUGGUUCCUGACCGCCUGGUUUUACCCAUUUUGGAAUCUCACCAUGACAGGAUAACCAGAGAGCUCCAAAUCCCAACAUCAGCCCAGAGUCAAAACUGCAGCUGGCUUUGUGCCUACAGCGUCUCCUGCCCCCCCGAGGUGUUCUGCUUUGACUGCUCUACUUCUCCUUGCUGCCCUUCAGUCACCAACCAUCAGCCCAGCGUGGUUCCAACCAGAUACAGGUCCAGCCUCGGAGAUAUGGAUGGAUUUGAGAGGGCAAUGCAGGAUAAGCGGCUGGAUCUCAAAGAUACAGAAAUGACAAAAAGUGACCCGGAGUCCUGUUCCUCUUCAUCUCUUACUGAUGUUGAGACCAGAGCAAGUUUUCCUCCUGCGGUGAAAAUGAGGAGUAAACAUCAACGUCCUCCCUGGAGGUACUGGAGGAGUAUAGGGCCCGAGCCUCAGCACAGACAGCCAGGGAGCGAGGUGCCCAGGAGGACCUCAAAACCUGUGAAGUUCAGCACCUCCUUGUCCAAUCACAGCUCUAUGUUUCAGUCACUUCCUGGUGCUUGCGGAAGAAGAGCUAACAUCAUUGACAUUUUUGGCAUGAACCUUUAA